AUGAAGCGGAAGAACGAGGAGAUGCAGGGUGAGCUGUCGAAUCUGCGCCAGUUGUAUGACUUCCUUCGACUGCGACCUGAGCAGGAAGCCCUGGAGGUCCUCAAGCGCAUCAGAUCAAACUCCCCGGACGUACCUCCCUCCCAACGCAUUUCAGAGCUGGCAGAGUUUGUCCGCCAUGGAAACUCGCUCACUCAUCAGCCUUUGCACACACCGCCUUUAAGCAAUCGUGAGCGCGAAUCUGCUCUCUCUGUGACACUUCCUCCACUUCGCCAGGCCCUGGAUUCUUCUGGCGCGAUGAAGCCCUACACUCUACCCUAUCUUGGUAUACACAAAAUGGGCUAUGACGGUCCAGCUACCCAACGGCGGAGACACACCCAAGAUCUGUCAGCUCGCACAGAGAGCCAAAGCUCUCUGCCUCGACCCACUUCCAUUGAGGCCAUACUACAGACUCCUUCGUCUGCGGCUGCGGAUGACCUGGCUGCAGAUCCAAGGCUGAGGUACAUUGGCAACUGGACAGGCGUUACCGAUGAUACCGGUUUCCUGGCCCAUCUCUUCAUGACAUGGACUGAGAGAGAGCACAUCUACUACCAUUUCUUGGACCGGGAGGCGUUUCUUGCGGAUCUGUCGUGCAACCGUAGCGAUUUCUGUUCAGAACUUCUUGUUAACGUCGUGCUUGUUUCCGCUUGUUUCCACUCGUCCUUGGUCAAGGACCGUAACAAGCCAUUCUCGGAAUCUUCAAUUCAAACUUCCUUCUACCACGAGGCGAGGCGACUAUGGGAUCUUGAGAAAGACAGGGACAGCCUGACCAAAGUGCAAGCUGGUAUGAUUUUCUAUCUCGUGCUUGCCAAGUAUGGCCGAGACAGAGACGGACAACGCUUUCUCCUCGACGCAUGCAAGACUGCUCAGCACCUAGGCCUGUUCUACCAUGAAUCAUCCCACUACAGCACGACACCAUCGCAUGUAUCUGUCGAUAGAUGGGAAAGAGCUCGAGCAGUGACCGCGUGGGCAGUGCACAACUUUCAGCUCUCCAUGUCCAUCACUUACUCUACCCCUGUGAUCAUCACGACGCUUCCUUUGACUCCAAUCCCAUAUCGAGAUACUGAACCCCUCUUCGGCUCCGAAUGCGCACUGCAUACGAUCCUCCUCGAUUGUGUCAGAACGAUACAAGACUAUGAGCACACGAGCCUGCACGAUACGCACAAUGCAGAUCAGAUCGAAGCCUGCUACUCUCGACUAAGAUGUUGGUGGAACUCGCGGCCUGCUAGCUUAGAUCCGGACAGACACCCAACACAAGUAAAUCUUCUUUGCGCAAUGCAAUACAAUGUCAACAUUGUCAAGCUCUUUAGACCCGUUGUGGACCGUGGGACAUCAUCAGAGCAAGGCGCAGCCUAUGUCAAUCGGGCCAGGUCAGCCAUCUCGGCCUCCUUGAAGGAGAUACGACGCGUGGUCAAACUGCACGAUACUCACCAUGGCUGGUCAAACGCCAUCACGUUUGUCCUGCACGGCAUCACGGUCGCGAGCUUUGGAACCCUCGACGAGAUAUCAGACGACGAUUCCAGCCUACCGCAAACCGAAUCGGACGAACGUUACCAAGGCCUAGUUACAUGUUUGCGCGCCUUGACAGUGAUCCUCAGCUACAGUUACUAUGCACAACCAAUCUUCCGACUCCUGACACAGAAGUGCAAGGCGCUAGGCGUAAGGCUGCCUGCUGAAGUACAGGGGGCGCUGGACUAUUGCACAAGCGAGGAGUGGACCAGAAAGGCUGCUGAACUGGUCAGUAGCCAGUUCAUCGCAGACACACGGUCGGUCGCAACCGACGCCGCAAGGCCGACGAUGGAUGCCGUCGUCUCGAGGUGGGAAGACCUCACGCUCGAGGAUGGACGGACGGGAGCGGUGAACAACGGGAAGGAGCGAGCUGAUGCGUGA